AUUUUUUUUUCUUGGCUUUUUUUCCUUUGGCUCUUUUUUCUUUUUUUCCGGCUUUCCCUUUAUUCUUUCUUUUUACAUUAAAAAAGAGUAGGGUGGAGAAAAUAAGCAAACAGAACGAAAAAGAAAAAUAAGGAGAGAAAAAUAGAGAGGAUACCUAGUGAUUGUGACAUAUUCCCUUUUUUACCAUUUUCCAACUAUUUGUGUACAAAAUGUCUCGUAAUACUCGAUGGUUUAAAUACGGAACGGCGAGCGCGUUCAUCGUUUUGACGAUCUUGCUAUUUCUAUUCCAUGCUCGAUGGAAGCAAUCUGAUCUGCAUCAUCUCCGUUUACGGAAGCCGGUGCGUCCGCAAAUCAUCCACGUGUCGCCAAUGGACCAGGAAAAAUUCAUCACGUAUCUACCUCACUCCGGAUUCCAUAAUCAACGAAUCGCUCUCAUCAAUGCAUUGGUGCUAGCCAAGGCCACCAACCGCACUUUGAUCAUGCCGGAACUCAAUGUAGGCGCAGCAACGUAUUGGCGCCCAUCCAAUGUAUUGGCGGGACGCAUGGAUACCUGCCCUGAUAAAAUCAAAGCUCAGGGAGGGUUGUCCGUGGAAGGAUGCUUUGAUUAUCGCAAAUACGUACCAAUUCCGGUGUCGUCCAUGCUGGAUGUGGCGUCGAUCCGGUCAUUGGGCAUCAACAUCAUGCAGCGCAGAGAUAUGCAUCUCAACUAUUUCGAACGAUACUGGUCCAUUCCACCCCAAGAUAAUGAAAGCCAGGUCCUGAUGAUCGAUGAUCCUGUACGGUACUCCUAUCAGAUCUAUGAAACGGCUCAGAUGCCUAGUAAAUUGCAAAAGUUCGAAUACCGUUUGAAUCUCGCGGAUAUCCAAACACGCCCAGAACCGUUUGUCGUUUUUGGCUCCCUGUUUGGGUCGCACCGCCUACAACUUUUGGAAGGGAGCAAGCUGGCGUGGGUACGAAGCUAUUUGCGCAAGGAACUUGGUAUCUCGCAUCCGGUCGUGCAAGAAAAGAGCUUGGAUCUGGUCUCACGGUUGGGCGGACCGGCCCAAUUUGCGGCUAUCCAUGUGCGUCAAGGGGAUGGCGUGUUUAAAAAGCUGCUAAAGACGACGGUGAAACGAGUUCGUGAAACGUUGGAACAUCGAGUACAGCAAGGCGAAAUAACGGCCGCUAUCAACGCGACGAUUCAACGCCUUGGUGCACUUUCGACGACGCAAGAAGCACGACAACAGCGGUUGGACGAAUGUCUGAAGCAGCAGUAUGUUCAUUCGCGACUACAGAUUAUCUAUAUGGCUACCGACGCGAAAAAGCCUCGAGAGAAGUUUGCAGAACUGUACAAUGAGUUUGCUUGUCUCUUCACGUUGAGCGAUUUCCCGGAUAUCAUGGAACAAACGACUUCCAGUGUGUUGGGAUUCUCUGCUGAAGAGAAAUAUUACCCCCAUGUGUCGCAUUUGGGAUCGCUUCUGUUUCCAAUGAUCGACGCCGAAGUAACAUCUCACGGCUCAUUUUUCGUCGGCACUCCGAAAAGUACCUUUUCCACCUAUGUCCAGUAUCGUAACUCACGAUUUCUGGAAUUUUACCCGCAAAAUAUAUCACACACGUAAUGUUUCCGACUCUUCUUUCCUAUGGGUUCCUUUUUUUUCUUCCAUCUUUGUCCCUGGUGCCUUGUUUCCUUCUCAUCCCUUCAUUCCUUUGUUUAUAUCUUUCCAUUUACACUUCCGUCUGUUCUUGUAAUAUCAUGCUUUAUUAUUUUUGUGAUUAUUUUUAUCUCUGUGCAUUCUUUUUUUAGUCACUAUGCAAUAAAUAUAACGCCGCUGUAAUAAGUGA